GGUGUUACAGGAUAGUACACAACAAAGCAGAGCGAGAGGAAGGGCCAGCCGAGGGAAGCGCUGCGGGAACAAGGUGGAAGUUCAUUAGCAGUCGACCGUUUUUUAAUGUAAAUGUACAAUAAUAUAAAGUUUAGAUAGAGGCCAAGCGUUCGACAAUCCGAUUGAGAAGACACUGGCAUUCCGCGCAGAGCUGUAAACAUGUCGUCUCCAAGUCCGGGUAAAAGGAGAAUGGAUACCGACGUGGUGAAACUCAUUGAGAGUAAACAUGAAGUCACAAUUUUGAGCGGACUUAAUGAAUUUGUAGUGAAGUUUUAUGGACCACAAGGAACACCAUAUGAGGGAGGUGUAUGGAAGGUGCGAGUAGAUCUUCCAGACAAAUACCCCUUCAAAUCACCGUCUAUAGGAUUCAUGAAUAAAAUCUUUCAUCCAAACAUCGAUGAAGCAUCUGGGACUGUGUGCUUAGAUGUAAUAAAUCAGACAUGGACUGCUCUUUAUGACCUCACCAAUAUAUUUGAGUCAUUUUUGCCACAGCUCCUUGCAUACCCCAACCCCAUCGACCCCCUGAAUGGAGACGCUGCAGCCAUGUACUUACACCGGCCAGAGGAGUACAAGCAGAAAAUCAAAGAAUACAUUCAGAAAUAUGCAACAGAGGAGGCUCUGAAGGAGCAGGAGGAGGGUGCAGGUGACUCUUCAUCAGAAAGCUCCAUGUCGGAUUUCUCGGAAGAUGAGGCACAGGAUAUGGAGUUGUAGUGAACAUGCACCUCUUCUUUAUUCCAGAGACUAUAAUUUCCUAAACAUGAGACGCAGACUAUAAAACUCAUAUUUAAACAAGACAAUUUUUAUAUUAUUAUUAUUAUUAUUAUUAUUAUUAUUAUUAUUAUUAAAAUCUGAAUUUUUAUGGCUAUACCAUUGAUAAGGAUUACCCUCUUUAUGUGACAUCCCCACCCCUAAACCACACACAUUUUCGCCACCCUAACAACGGCUUUAUAGUCCUUCCCCUGCAGUUCUAUAGGUACAUUAUGCUCACUUUGCAAGGUCUACAUGGGCUCUAGAAAGGAGUUCAGUUAUUGGUGAUGGAAGACAUUACAGAUGGAACAAUAUUUGCAGGAACAGUAGGAAAGAAGUACCACAGCCUACAUGAUUCACUAUAAACUAUUAAUUGUUUAGCAGCACAAUCUCUGACACUGAGCACAACUAUUAGAUAGAAUGUUGCCAUUGUGCUGGCUGUGCAGUUUCACAGAUUGGACAUACUAAAUGUGAAUUUUUAACACACAUAUUCCAUUCAUUUAAACAGUCUGCAAUGAGAGACUGGACUAGAAAUAAUGUUUCUGAUGGUGGGAGGGGGUGCAUUUAUCCAUCUGAGACUACUUCAGAUAUUCACCAAAAAGUAAUCUAAAUUACAAUCCACAGUCCAAUCUACAGAAGCAGUGUCUUCAGUAGGUCAGUUUGGUUGGACGUGUUUGGUUGGCAUAUUGUCAUCUUUCUUUUAAAUGUUUCUCAACUUGGCCUUUGUUUUUGUUCACUCCUGAUUUCAGUCAUUAAAAAGAAUUGGGAUUAAAGAGACAAUUGCACCUUGAAUAUCUAGUAACAGUUUUUUAUUCACAUAUAUUUUAUUUCUCCAUUUUGAUUCAGUUUAUGUUACCUGAAACAACAACAACAAAAAACAUGCUUUUCCCCCUCACCUGUUGGGCCAUACUGUGCAUGCCUUCCAGUGGGCGGUUAGAGAGGUCAGACUGCUGUGUCCAGGAGGAAGUUAAAGGAAGCUAGAUUAGAACUUGAAUAUGCAGCCCUAAUAAUUUUAUUGCCAAAAGUAAAAUAAAGUGGUCUUUUCUUCUUUAUUAUUUGCUUGUUUCUUGUUUUGAAGGGUGUGCACCCCAAUAUAUGGACUGGCUUCUGAUAAAAAGCUUGUCCUUUCAUAUUGUUAAGUUCAUUUAAUGAAUAGACCUAAAGAAAAGCUGUAUAGCUGUACAGUAUUCAGCUAAUGUGUGUAUAAUGUUCUUUAUAACAGAUUUCAGUAAGUCCUAUUUGACUACACAAAAAAGAAAAAAAGAAAAAAAAAAGGUGCAUAGAUGCUAGGUUGCAAGGUGUUUUUUUUUUUUUUUUUUUUUUUUUUUGAAUCAGACUCUGCAAGGGAUCAACUAUGUUUUAGCCCCCUGAAGAGUAAAGAGUAAUGAUUGAAAUGAUCAAGAGAAACAGCGCUUAAAUAAACACAAUAUUCUAGAAAAAUGUAGAGUAUUGAUGAUAACCCCCUUUUUCCCUUGUCCUAAUUAGAGGAGAUCCUCAUGAGAUCUCUUCCUUUCUCUCUCCCUGUCCCUCAUUUGCUCAUACGUUUGUAUACUCUAUGCCAUGAUGCAAAACUGCUGUGGUGGAAGUUACUGGUGUAGAAAAAACCAGAACGGAAAGGAAAACAGACAAAAAGCAUAAUCAAAGUGAAAAAACAUGCCUAUUAUAAAAUCAUUAUAAAAUGUUUUUUACUUGCAGAAGUAGUAACUUGGAAAAAAAAGAAAAGAAACAGAUUUAGAAUCUGUAAAGUUCAUGUCCAAAGCUUUAUUCAGUGUUCUAGUGAAGCCCUGAGACUAGAGAUAAACUGAUCAUCAAAAGUUUUUAGAACUGGUUUGUGGACUUUUGUUUUUCCUGAAAAUCAUAAAUGAGAUCUUUCUAGGCAAAAUUACUGUAAUAUUAGCUCAUUGGUGUAAUAAAUCAGUUUGAUAUUUUUUUGUUUUAUCUAUUUUUAAACAAGGAUUUUCUCUCCUUAAUGCAGUAUUGCAUUACAUAAAGAUGCUGACGUGAUACUAGGACAUGUUUAUGGCAGAGCUAGAAUCUAUUUUUUCUUUUAAUAUUGGCUUGGGUUAGAAGUGAUGUUUUGGUUUCACAGUUUGCAAACAUGCAUGGUUGGUUUUUAGGAUUGCUUUUGUGGCAACUUUGUGUGCGUGUGUGUGUGUGUGUGUGUGUGUGUGUGUGUGUGUGUGUAUACACAGUACAACUUAAACGCCUCCAUUCUUUAGGCACAGACACAAUUAAAAGAUGACAGGUUUUUUUGUUUGCUUUUUUCCCUUUUAAGUGUGAAGAAGCCAAUACCCUGACAUGUUUGUGUGCUUCCAAUGUUAGUCUAAUUAUAAAUUACUCCGACUUUUCAGUGAUAUUAUUAUUGUUGUAUAUUUUUGUCUAGUUGAUAAACACUCAUUUGUGAAGGGGUACAGGGAUCCACAAACAUCUACCAUUCAUUUAUAAAAGGCAUGUGCAUGCACACCUUUUUUUGACAUAAAGAACGUCUGACUGCGACAGGGUUUUGUUACGAUAUUAAAUGCUGUUUCAGCAGUCUGGUAAAGUUUGAGACACAACUGAUUUGGAUUUGAAGUGGUUGUACCUCAUAAUAAAAUGUACUUUUGGGUUUUUCCAUUGUCAUGGCCUCAUGAAUAAUUUCAAUAUUUUUUCCAAGGAAUACGUAAACUUAGAUCUACAUUUAAGUACUUUUUCAUCAUUGUCGAGGUUGCUGCUAACAGUAGCACAUGCAGGUCUACCAUGGUAGCUAAGUCAGGAAAUAAAUCUUUCCAGUCAUGUGCAUAUAAAUGUAGUUUUUCUUUUACCUUUUAUCUUCUUAUACCUGUGAUAAAUUGGUGAAUGUCUGUGUCUGAAUGUCUGACAUAGUGCCCAAUAUUUCAAUUAACAAUAUAUUUAAACACAAGAUCUGUGUGAUUUAUUUCUUUAAAAUCCUGUGCACCUGACAUGCUUUCAGUUGAGCCCAUUUUCAACUUAAAGUCUCUACGUCAAUGUCAAAUAUUCUUUACUGCCUGUUUUUAAUGAAUGCAAUCAAUGUAUUAAAGUAAUUCACAGCUUUUCAUUUAAUUUCUAACUGUUUUUAUUUUUUUCUUAGCAUUGUCAAGUGGGCAUGCCUGUCAUAGAGUGUUCCCUAUCUAUAGAACGAUAAUGUCCUAAAAGGCUGUGUACAAUAAACUGUAAUAACCUUUUGUAAUAAAAUAUUAAAUACA